GUAAUUUUUGUGCCAUUCAAGUGUGCACACUGGUAGUAUUUUAAUUUUACAUUUUGUAAACAAACCAAGGGAAAAAAGAGAAGCGAAAUGUCAAUAACAUGUAGAACUUGUGCAGAACCAAUUUAUCACUUGAAUCCCAGAGACCUUUUCAAACAAGAAAAUGAAGAUAUUCGCUACAACAUCCACGCAAUUACUGGGAUAAAAUUGUCUUAUGAUCCUCAUAUGCCUACCCAUAUAUGUUCCUGUUGUUAUUUGGACUUAAACCAUGCAAUUGCUUUUCGAGAGCGCUGCUUAGAUGCGAACAAGCAGUUAAUAAAUGUAAAGCAAGAUGGCAUUACCAAUAAAAGAAACGUUCCAGUUGCCUUUCAGCAUAUUGAUCCAUUGGAUAACCGUGUAAAAGGUGCUAUCAAAUUCAAAAAGGAACUUAUGGAUGAUCCAAAAGAUAGAGAAGUGUCGCAUACAGGAUCCAAUCCCAAGAACGAUGAUAUACGACGUUCACUGAGCCCGCAAGUUUCGCCUCGAGUACGACUUUUGCGUUGUCGAGAUCCAAAUAAUGGUCGCCAAAUAGUAAAUCGCCCCGCCUUAUUAAUGAAGAAAAGCCCGCUAAAAAGUGGAACACAAUCUACUGGAACGGCACAUCUUUCUGAUGAUUUAACGCAUGCGGUGGUUAGGCCAACGGCAUCCAUUGCCCCUAGCCCGAAAAAAAGAUUCAGAUUAGGUGGAGAACAAAAAUAUUUGCCAGUAUCUCGUCAUGAUAAGGCAAAAAAGGUUAAGAAAAGAAAGCCGAAAGUUAUGCCGCUAGAGAAGAAAUAUGUGUGUGAACAUUGUGGGUGGUCUUUCCGCGAUUUGAGCAACAUGAAAGAUCAUGCACUGCGACAUUCUGGAGUAAAAAAGUUUGAGUGUGAGGAAUGCUGUAGUAAGUUUUUUACCCGUCCGCUUUUAAUGCUUCAUGUACGUGUGCAUCACAAGGGUGAAAAGCCAUUUGUAUGCAAAUAUUGCGGUAUGGCCUUCCGCAACAGUCCCAGUCGCUGCCGCCAUGAACGAAAAUUUCAUGCAAACGAGUUACCUUUCGAAUGUGACAUUUGUAACAGAACUUUCAUAAGUAAAAUUAGUUUGGAAAAGCAUAAGCAAGCACAUGUCAAGGGAGAAACAAUUCAUCGAUGUGAAACAUGCAAAAAGACUUUUAAAGGACCCACUUAUUUAAAAAAUCAUUAUCUUACAAAGUUUCAUCUAAGACGGAUGACACAGAUUAUGAGAAGUGAUUUCCAAGACGAUGAAAUGACAGAGAUCAGCGACGAAGAUAUAGACUUUGACCUUCCCGAUUCUAUGAUUGAAGAACUCGACGAAUAAAUGAGUUAAAAAUCUUUGUUCAAUGAUUUCGUUGCUUGUAUUUGCAAUUCAAUUGUAAUUUUGUAAAUUAAAAACUAACAAAAG